CUUACAAACGGAAGGCUAUCUUCUUCCAUCCUCCCCCAUACAACCUUAUCCAUUACUCAAAUUCUGCAACUAACAAAACUCGAGCAUUUACAGAGAGCAGAAGCAAUCCUUUCAUGGUAACAACAGCAUUUACAAUCCUUCUCUUUCUCUCUUCUUCCACAAUCACUGUUUCAUUCAACACACUACUACACUAAAAAACCACACAAAGAGAGAGAGAAAGAGACGAAUGCCAGCAUGUUUCUGCUCCUUCAAUCCACCUUCAGCCUCUAUCUCAACCUUUAUCUCAAACCACCCCCACCUCUCCAUGCUCGAAACCACCUGCCGCACGAUCACAGACCUCAAAAUAAUCCACGCCCACCUCAUCAAAACCGGCCUAGCCAAAGACACCAUCGCCGCUAGCCGACUCCUCGCCUUCUCCGCCCCCAGAGACCUCCAUUACGCGCUCUCCAUCUUCCGCCGCAUCGAAAAACCCAAUCAAUUCACUUGGAACACCGUAAUCCGAGGCUUCUCCCACAGCUCAGACCCUAAUUUUGCGAUUCUACUCUUCCUCGAGAUGCUGAAUUGCUCGGAGAUUCUCCCCGAGCGCCGCACCUACCCUUCCGUUUUCAAGGCGUACACUCAGCUGGGGCUGGCCGGAGAUGGCGCUCAGCUUCAUGGGAGAAUCGUGAAGGAGGGUUUGGAAUCGGAUCCCUUUAUUCGGAACUCAAUCAUUCACAUGUAUGCGAAUUGGGGAUUUCUUGAAGAUGCGUGGAAGCUGUUUGAUGAAAGUCUUGAGAGGGAUGUUGUGGCUUGGAACUCGAUGAUUAUGGGGCUUGCGAAGUGUGGGGAGGUUGAGGAAUCUUGGAGGUUAUUCUGCAAGAUCCCAUUUAGAAAUGAGAUCUCUUGGAAUACUAUGAUUAGUGGAUUUGUUAGAAAUGGGAGAUGGAUUGAAGCAUUUGAUCUCUUCCAUGAAAUGCAAAGUGAACAAAUUAGGCCUACUGAGUUUACUCUGGUUAGUAUGCUGAAUGCUUGUGGGAAAUUGGGAGCUCUUGAGCAGGGGAGAUGGAUUCAUGACUACAUCAAAAGGAAUGAUCUUGAGAUGAAUGUGAUUGUUGCUACUGCCAUCAUAGACAUGUAUUGCAAGUGCGGCGACGUUGAUUCUGCGCGGUUAGCAUUCAAGAACGCUCCGAGGAAAGGGCUUUCGUGUUGGAACUCGAUGAUGCUAGGUUUGGCCACAAAUGGAUGUUACAAGGAAGUGUUUGAUAUGUUCAAUGAGCUCGAAUGUAGUAAUCUCCGGCCGGAUGGGGUGAGCUUCGUCGCUGUGCUGACGGCCUCGAGCCAUUCGUUGAGAGUGGACGAGGCGAGGAGGUACUUCAGGUUGUUGACUGAGGAGUACGGGUUGGAGGCGAAGAUCGAGCACUAUGGCUGUAUGGUUGAUGCACUGGGAAGGGCGGGGAUGGUGGAGGAGGCGGCCGAGUUUGUGGCGAGUAUGCCUGUGGAGCCGGAUGUUGUCGUGUGGGGUUCUCUGCUUGCGGCGUGCAGGAACCACAGAGGGAGCGUUGAGAUCGCGGAGUGGGCUGCAGGGAACUUGAGGUCGUUGGAUGGGAAGGAGACGAGUGCGCACGUCCUGAUGUCGAACGUGUAUGCGGGGUCGGGUGAUUUUGAGAAGGCGGUGGAGGAAAGGAGGGAGAUGGAGAGGAAGGGGAUGGAGAAGGAACCUGGAUGUAGUUUGAUUGAAGUGAAUGGGGAGGUUCAUGAGUUUGUAGCUGCUGGAAAUUGGCAUUAUCUGAUGUAAAUGAGGUUAUAAUGAUUUGUGUUGUGUUUUCAAUAAUAAAGUUUUUUUUUGGGUGCGUUUGGUGACAUGAAA